AUGUCGAGCCCUGAAGCUUCAAUACCAGAUUUGGCAUGUUAUACUACAACAUUGGAUGUUUCCAACAAAAUAUGGAUGAGUGAUAAUGUCCUUGCAGCUCGUGUUCCUCUUUUGUGUAUCCAAAUUGCCUACAAUGUUCUGUUUUCUCGUAUUCUGCACCACAUCUUCAAGCCCCUUCACAUGCCCCUUCAUGUUGCCCAGAUUCUUGCUGGUUUUUUUCUGAGUGCGUCAAUGUUGGGAAGAUUCUCGUCUUUCUUUCAUAUAUUGUACAGAACAGAAGGAAUUCUGGCCGUUGAAACCUUUGCAAAUACGGGAUUGAUGUACUAUGUGUUCCUUAGUGGGUUGGAGAUGAACUUUGAGACCAUCCUAAGAUCAAGCAAGAAGGCUACAUGCACUGCCGUUGCUGGCAUUGUGAUUCCAAUGCUGUUGGGGGCUGGUUUUCUUGCUAUAGAACAGCAAAUGCUACCAAAGGAUAUGAUAUCUGUUAAGGCUCAAGGGUACUUAUUUUGGUGUUUAGUUCUUUCUGUCACAACUUUUCCGACCCUUGCUAGGCUCCUUACAGGGCUUAAGAUCGUCUACACGAGGCUUGGUAAAGAUGCCUUAACAGCAGCUAUGUUAAUUGAUGCAUAUGGGUGGAUUCUGUUUACCCUUUUGAUUCCUUUUUCCAACAAAGGUGGGAAACCACUCCUCUCAGCAAUGGCUACCUUGAUGUUCAUUGUUUUCUGCUUCUGUGUUGUGCGCCCUAUCCUUAAUCGCAUGAUCCAACACACAACAAGGAUGGAGACAUGGAACUACUCGAAGUUGUUGGAUUUGAUGGUCGGACUUCUUGUUUGCUCAUACAUUACAGAUAUGCUUGGCACACACCAUGUUGUUGGGGCCUUUGUGUAUGGACUAAUUUUGCCUAGUGGGAAGUUUGCUGAUAUGACAAUGGAAAUGUUGGAUGAUUUUGUUACUGAGAUUAUGAUCCCUGUCUACUUCUCUGGCUUUGGCUUGAGGCUUAACACUGGGAUGAUUUUGAGUGAUCAAAAUUUGUUUCUCUCUGUGCUCUUCAUAUUGCUGUUGGCCGUCCCAAAAGUUUUAAGCUCAAUGAUUGUAUCUAUCUUCUUUGGUAUGCCUAUUAGAGAUGGAUUGGGCAUUGGAUUGCUCCUCAACACCAAAGGCAUCAUGGCAGUGCUACUUCUAGGCGCCGCUUGGGACAAAAGUCUGAUAGACCCCUUUGCCUUCACAGUGAUGAUGCUUGCUAUAAUCUUGAUGACUAUGUUGGUCACUCCCUUGAUCAACAGUAUAUACAAGCCAAAAUUCAGAUUGAUGCAAUCCCAGCUAAGGACUGUGCAGAAGCAAAGGUUUGAUGCAGAACUUAGAGUUGUGGCUUGUGUCCACAAUGCUCGGCAAGCCAUUGGCUUGAUCCAUGUCCUUGAAGCCGCAAAUGCCACCAGAGUUUCACCCUUACAUGUAUCUGUGCUUCACCUUGUUGAACUCACCAGACAUGGCACUGGCCUUCUUGUUGCCCGAAUGGAGGGUUCAACUGCACAUGGGGGAUCACAAGGAACUGGACCACAUUCAGAGUUUGAGAGCAUAACCAAAGCAUUUGAUGAGUUUGUUGAGGGAUACAAUGCAGCUAGAUAUGACAUAUCAAAUGUUGUGUCAACCUAUCAAACAAUCCAUGAGGACAUAUACAAUGUCACAGAAGAGAAACGUGCAAGCAUAAUUCUCCUUCCCUUUCACAAGCAGAUAAGCUCAGAAGGUGUGCUAGAAGUAACAAACAGUGCAUACAGUGACAUAAACAACAAUGUUCUAGAGCAACCACCUUGUUCUGUUGGCAUCUUUGUGAACCGUGGUCUUGGGUCAUUAUUAAAUACUAAAAUGAGCAUUAUUGCGAUCUUCAUUGGAGGCCCUGAUGACCGUGAAGCCUUGUCAAUUGCAUGGAGAAUGGCAGGACAUUCAGGAACAAAGUUGCAUGCGCUGAGGCUUGUAGUGUUAGGUGAAGCUGCUGAAGAAAAAGAUGAAUCAUUCCAGAGUGAUUCUAAUGGUUUGUUUUCCACAGUUAUGGACAAUGUGGUGCAAAAAGAGUUGGAUGAAGAGUACAUAUUUAACUUUAGGCACAAGGGAGUGCACAAUAAUGAGUCCAUUAGUUACUCUGAGAAGGAAGUGGUAAUAGAAACUGGUGAGGAGAUUCCUUUGAUCCUCAAUGAAGUAGACAAACCCGGGUAUGACUUGUACAUUAUGGGACAAGGAAGUGGUAAGAACUACCUAGUUUUUAAAAAGUUGUUGGAAUGGUGUGAUAACCCGGAACUUGGGGUCAUGGGGGAUAUAGUGGCUUCAACCAGUUUUGGCACACACUCUUCUUUGCUUGUUGUGCAGCAAUAUAUGAUUGGGAGACAAAGCAAGCCUAGACAUCCCAGAAAAUGUCACGCAAAGAAAAAUGAAUGUGAUAUGUUGUGA